CUUGAAUUUAUUUGAAGAAAAAUUUCGUUACAGUUGUGUUUUGUUCUUUUGUCUAAUUUUUUUAAUUUUAUAUAACUUUUACAAGUGAUAUUAUUAUAUUUCUUCAUUUCUUACAUUUCAUGCGUUCCCAUUACUUAUUUUUUCAAAAGAUUUUAAUUUUCUUAAUGAUCAGCAUUCACGUUAUUCAUUGGUGAACAACAAGUUCAAGUUUAUCUCGUAAAUUCAGAGAAUGGAUUCAAGAAAUCUCAAGCAUGCAUCAAGUUCUUUGUUAAAUUCUGAAAAAGAUGACACUCUUGGUCUCUUGAAUAUGGAAAAUUUGCGUGUUUUCGGUGAAACAUCAAGAAAUUCAUCAAUGAACAGAGACAAAAUCAAUGAACGUUUAAAACAGGAACGUGCCAAAGCAAUGGAAACAUUACAAAAGGCUUCGCAGGGUGUUUUCAAGCAUCCAAAUCCAAAACAGCUAAGUUUGGGGAACAAAGAAAACGAGUCCAAUAUUACAAGGACACCUGUUCUUGAUCGCACCGAUUAUGUUCCAUAUCGUGGUCUUAAAAGCAUCAAUAUAACCGAUCUAGCUGUUGACAAAACAAUCCACUUGGAAUCUUCCGAUAUUAAAUCAUCAGCAUCUAAGAAUUCAGUUAACAAAAUAUCAUUUGAGCCCUCUGAAAUGACUGGUAGAUCCACAGCUUUUUCUCGAGAUCUCGGCAAGCAGAAAAAUAAUCGCCAUAGCUUGUUGUCGGUGGAAGAGAUUUUAGCGAGUAGCUCUGCAGCAAGUGUCCGUAGUUUGUGUGAUUCAUUACGUGAAAGCUAUGGUGGAAAUAAUAGCAUGAGCCUGCCACGUACAGCAGAUAUGUCCAAAACCACCCAGGAAUCUCUGUAUUCUGGUGACACAGACCAAGGAGGAUUUUCAUUCUCCAAUGCCAUGCGUGCUGAUGAAAGUUGUUUUGGCUCGGAACAUUUUGCUCCAGCCGAACUAAUGCAUUCAAAGUUAAUGAACGAUGAAAAGUUGUGGGCCCAAGAGUUUGCUGCUAUUCCUGAAAAGGCAUUAAGUGAUUCGCAUGUUAAGAAUCAAAGUAAAAUUCACGGUGAUACGUUGUUAACUUCUAUGAUGUCAAAUGGCGUGAAUGAUCCAGAUUUUUCACUUGGCAACUAUUUUGGUCAACAAUCUGAAGAUCUUUGGAAUAUCGUUCACGCUAAAAGUCCAGUUAAAGGUCGUCCCCCGGUGGCUUUGGUAGAUGCAACCAUAACUGAAACGGAUUCGAUAAAUGAGUCAACAACUCCAAAGCCAGAUAAUAAAGGUUAUAGCAGCCAUCAAACGAAUAGGACGUCAAUAGAUCUAUCAAAGAAGCAUGAGAGUAAGGACUCAGGAAAUGCCACAGAUAGUUCGUAUUUGCUGAGUGUUUCAGCGAUUGAAAGAGCUUUGGUUGAUAUGCAAACUGAAGAUUCGGAUGGAUCGGUGGUAAAUCGUCUCCUAAUGGCUAAGAAAACAAGAAGCUGCAUGAAUCCAUAUCGUGAACAAGUACAAGAAAAGUCCACCGCUAGAAUGCUUUCAUUGGGUGGAGCUAUUGAAAGAACAGCAUUGGCAAAUAAUACAAAAGCAGAGACUAUUUUUGAAAAUAAAGAAAACUACGAUCCGCAGGAGAUGAAAACAACAAAGUAUUCCGACACAAUGAGUUUUACGGAUUCGUUGUUAAAUAGCUCUGAUAUGAAAAAGUUUGAGAGAAGCAGUUUGGAACGAUCCCCAUUGCAACCUAUUGAGAUAAGCAAUCCAACUAUAACUGUUGAUGAAGCUGCUGAUUUUGGUGAUUUAGAUGAGCAUCCCUCAUUAUUGGAGAAAGAAUCAACUCGUAAAAUUCGUCGUCAUAAGACUACUCGCGAUUUAAGUCCAUCAUCGACCGAUUCUAAUUUCGACAUACCCAAUCAAUAUCUAGAUCGUAAACAAAAACGAAGUCGAUCAGGUUCCCGCAAUGAAGAGAAAAGAGAAAGAAGUGUAUCAAAAGAGAAACGCUCCACAGAAAAAUCCCAGCCAAUGUCUCUCUCAUCGACACGCAACGAACCUGAUGAAAUGUCAUCGCCAAAUCCAUCCAAAUCAUCUUCGCUUUUUCGAAAGCGACGUAGCCCAUCUCCAGCAUUCUUCGAUUCUCCAAUAUCAUCACCAAGAAGCUGUCUAUCAUCACAAGUCUCUUCGCCCACAUUCACAGGACAUUCUCCCCUACUCGAUAAUACCACAAACUCAGAUCGUCGCUAUCUCGUUGGAACAGUUUCAUCUCCAGACUGUGGAAAAUUCUCACUUCCAAGCUAUGGUCUGGUAACCAAGACUACUUCGACUGGUUCGGUGAAAGGUCGCAGUACAUCGCGUUGUUCCAAUUCAAGUGAAUUCAGUCAUCGUGAUGGUAAAUUGAUUCCAUUGAAAGUGACAUGUCUUCAGUUGUCUUGGGGAAGCAUACGACUGCGCAAGAAUGCCAACAAAUCAAUGCAAAUCAAGAACACAUCAGACAAAAGGCUGAUAAUUAAAGUAGACGUCUCGGGUCCAGGCUUUCAAAUUGUCAACAAUCAGGGAAAUCUAAUAACUCUUCAAUCUCAGGAAUGUCGGUCGGUUAGCUUAAAUUUCUGCCCAACAGUUAUUGGUGCGGCUGUUGGGGUUUUAUCUUUCAGUGCUCCAAAUAGCCCGGCAAGUCAAACUUAUUUGGAUGUCCCUCUUUAUGGCUAUGGAGGCACAGCCAGUCUCAUUCCACAAAAUAUACUCAGAGGUCCCAUUGGUGCCCCCUUCCUGACUAUGGGUGACUUGAAGGACUUAUCAGGACCAUUAGAGAAAACUUUUAAAAUCUACAAUAAGGGUCCUUUACAUGGCUUCGCUGUGAUAAUAAUUGAUUCCUUCGGUUUGGAUAUGCCUCGACUACGUGAUGCCAUUGAAGUUACACCCAAUAAAGUAAUUAUUCCACCCGAGGGUAUCGUCAACAUACGUGUCACUCUGAAACCACGUCGGGAUGACAUUAAAAAAAUCAUAAAAAAGAUCUCGGAUGUCCUAGCUCUUGCCAAUAUGCGAAUUAUUUGUGGAGAUGAACCAUCCCGUCAGAGAAUUCGUAAUCUAAUUCGUACCAUGAAAGAGGAAGACAAAUCAAAGUUUACCUCCAAAUCGCUUGACAGAGUUUGGGCUAGUUUCCCAGGUGAGAAGCCAGUCGAUGAUUUGGAAACUUUGAAGGAAAAAUCAGAGGUAGCUUUGGAUAUGAUUUCAUCGUUGCGCAUCCAUGAAAUAGCUCUCACACUGAAUCAUUAUAAAUUGGAUGAAACAGCAGAUUCAACUUUGGUCUUCCCGGAUGCCGAUGAAACCGUGGUUUUUCGUACAUUUUGUUCCACUUCACCCACACAAAUGUUAGAUCCUGUCGAUGAAGAGCAAGAGCAAACGUCCGAGUCGUGGUCGGUUAGACCGAAUGUAUUACAAUUUGAACCUCCUAUGAGAUUUGUUGUCAAAAAUGACUCACAUAAGAGGAAACUUUUCGAAAUUUCUUGCAACUAUGAUUUGUUUAGAUUUAAACCGUCCAAUGGAUAUGUAGACGCUGGCAAGGAGAUGGAAGUAGAAGUUUUGAGUCAAAGUGAGAAGCCAGGAAUGUUGCCCAAUGAUGAAAUAUAUAUUUAUGUCUACAAUCAAAAUGAAAGAGUUUCCAUACCAGUUAAAGUAAACAAGAACUAUUUCCCAUGGAAUCGCAGAUAGAAUCUGUUUUUAUAUUUAAUACUAUUUUCGAUUAAAUGUUUUGUGUAAUACUUUUUACUUUUUAUUGAUAUUGAUUUGCAUUGUUUUUGUGUACUUAAAUGAAAUAAAGUUAUUGCAUAAAG